AAGGAGAAAUUCUGAAUAUAAAUCAGAAGCUUGUUACAUCAAGCGUUGAGACAGGUCUUGUAUUUUAUCAGUUGGAUUUUGUCUUUAGCUAUGUUAGUACUGUGUAAUGAUUUGGGUGAUUGAAGAAACAAAGCAAAAAGAAGUUCAAAGAAGUUGUUGAAGAUAAACUCAACAUGUGGAAAUAUUCAAAACUCUUCAAUUGCAAAUGGUUGUUUAUGCAGAUAAUUGCACUAAGCAUCAGUCUGAAUGAAGCGGCAUCCUGCACUGAUUGUUCAAAUCCAAUACUUGGAACAACCACUUCUAAACCAACAACAACAAAUGGAUGGGAAACAACAACAAAAUAUCCAGAAGAAAUUUCGACAACACUCAAAGCUGAACAGACUACAAAGCUGAACGGUCUACAAACGGAAAUUUCGACAACACUGAAAGCUGGACCAAAUACAAAAGACAAAAUUAGUGAAGCUGAGCAGCAAACAACACUAUCUGAUUCAGACAGAACUGAAUCUCAUUCAACAACUGAUUUGGACAGAAACAUCACAGUUACCACGGGAACCAAUGGACGUUCUGAUUUAUUGACAAUUGCAAUUCCAUUGUCAGGAAUAGUUGCUCUUAUCUUGGGAGCUUUGUCAAUCUUUGUCAUACAAAGGUAUUGCAACAAAAACAAGAAACCGAAAAAGAAAGAUUCAAUGGAAAUGGGAAGCAUCCAACAUCAGCAGCCAACUGUCCAUGAGCGAACAACAUAUGAAAACUACAUACCAACAUCGGAUGAAAGUGGAUAUGAAGUUCCGAAUCCAGUUGAUAACAAGAAUGAACAAAGUGGAUAUGAAGUUCCGAUUCCAGUUGAUAACAAGAAUGAACAAAGUGGAUAUGAAGUUCCGAUUUCAGUUGAUAACGAGAAUGAACAACAAUAUGAGGUUGUGAGAAGCGGAGCAGAAUACCAAUAUGAAAAUGCGUGAAUGAGUGAAAUAAAUUCAUCCAAACCUUUUGAAUUGAAAAACUCGUGUUUUUUAGAAAAAAACACAAGUUAUGGAUUUCUCUCAUGAAGAACUAAAAUAUUUAUUUGUAUUGAAGUCCAAUUCAUUUUGACUUCUGACUGCAGCAAUGACAAAUUGUGGAAGAUUUUAUAAUUUGUGUUGUAGUUUUUUUAAUCAGGUCAUUGUUUUAUCAGAAUUCUCCACAUAAUAUAUGAAGGAUAGGGUUUUGAACUAAAUAUGAGUAGUAAGUAUAUUAAUAUAUUUGAGUGUCCAUAAAAAGCAAUAAUCUGAGAGGGAUUGUCUGUACCCCUUCUUGUCAUAUUUUCGCUUGUCAUUAGAUGAAAGUGUGCUCAUAAUGAAUAAAAAUGAACGAUUAUGUUUCAGAAUAUCUUGAAAAAUUUGAUCACUAUUUAGCUCUUCAAGCUUCGCUGAACUAAUAAUGGGUUAUAAAGUCAUGCUAACAAUUGCGUUAAAAAAGCUAACAUUGAGACAUCAAAAAUUAUGAGCAAAAGGCGUAACUACUGAAUUUAGGAAACUAUGAUAGUUCCACUCUGUACAGGUUUUACUUUCAACAACAAUUUUUUGGCUAAAACAUUUCAGUACGCACUUCAGCGUUUGAAAUGAACUUCCUCCUCCUACGUGUCCUAGCUGUAUUCCUAAUAGCAUUGUGCUCAAUUAUUUCAAGUCAUUAUCUACUAGAAACACUGUCCCUUAGAAUGUCAUUUGACACUUACAAAAAAUAGUCUUUUUAGUAAGCAGUUCAGUUUUUUUUAAGUCUUUCAAACUUCUAGAGCUUGAGACCAUUCUUUGAUUAAAUUUUGGAGAAAUAUUCAUUGCCUACUAUAAUUAUUUCUAGACCCAUGCAUUAUUAAUCUUGUGUGUUGACUUCUGAUAGAAGUAAAAAAAAAACAGAAAAGAAUUUCAUAUCAUGGCAAAGAGAAAAACAAAUAAUACAUGCUUAAAUUGGUGAAAUUGAUAAUUUUUCAAGUGAAA